AUGCCGAUCGGGCUGUUGUCGAAUUAUUUAAUAAGAAUCGCGGUGGUUCCUCGCAGGAUUCAUGGCAAGGAAAUAUACAUACACAAGAGAGUUAUGGUGGACAGAAAAAAGGCGGAGGUGCAGCGGCCCGCGCGACGUAUACGAUAUCCCGUGCGCCGGAACUACGAGCUGCCGACGGUCGCGUCGCGCAUGAAGCGGAACGCUGCUCGCCUUUACGCCGCCACCACCAACACCACGAACAUCCCCUUCAUCGUCAGCAAGAGCACCGCCCCGUCGCACAACAUCGGCGUGAACAUACAGCAGACAUCAAUGCUGGAAAGCCGGGACAUCAACUCGAUCAGGCUGGGCAGUCGUCUAUUGCGGCUCCCAAUGUACAAGUACAUGUCGUACAGUCGCCUGCUGAAUCUAUUCCGCGAAGGGGACGGCAUGGUGCCGAGGUUCCUCCGUGCCAUCAGCCGACCGCACUACUUUUACACUUCUAUGUACAAUCUAGUGACAAAUCUUGAGGACGUUGACGGGACUUCUAAGGGUGGCGGUCAAGCGGCAAGGCAGAGUUUGGCUGAGUAUGCAAAUCUGUAUCGAGAAUAUGAGGAGAUAGAGAAAUCUUUAAAAACCAAUGGCUACGAGCCGAACCUUGGUCGACGCCGCGAUGACUUGCAACGCGAGCUGGCAUUAAAGGAGGAGCAUAUACGGAAGGUGGUGCAUGAAUACGAGAACGGCGCUGGGACAGUAUCUUCGACAUUGCGGGCAUCCACAUCAGUAGCCGAUGAAGGUUAUCGUCAAUCUACGUAUAAGUUGAACGCGGGUGACGCCUUACAC